AUGUCCACAGCUUACUUCCGGCACAAGCGCGCACCCCACCUCGCCUACUUGACAUGUAAAUCCAGAUACGAUCAUGGUAAAUCUACAAAAAAUUUCAUAGUCAAUGGUAUGCGAGUAUCAGUUACGUUUAUAGAUGAAGACCCUCAGACUACACAGCUAGACAGAAUACUAGUCCGAGAGAAGGGACCAGUUGGAGUGUUGCUAAAUGCAGGUUGUCCUAAUGUGCCUUCUAUAUUACAACAGGCUUCGAGACAUAGCUUGUUUGACGCAAUGCACAUGUGGCUGAUACUGGAUAGUGCUGAUGCUGUACUGGAGAUGGAACUUCAACAGCUGAACUUAAGUGUAAAUGCCGACGUGGUUGUGGCGAGAUCUGUCGGUACGUAUAUCGAAUUAAUUGACUAUUUCAAUUACGGCAAAAUUCAAGGAAAUUCUUUGGAAAUCAUAACAAUUGGAAAAUGGCACCCCAAAAAAGGGUUAAGUAUAACAUCGAAUAGAUUCAAAUACUACGAUCGCUGGAAUUUCAACAAUCUGACGCUGCGAGCUGUGACGGUGAUUCUAGACAAACCAACAAACUUCAGACCGACAGAGAUGUUGUCGAGCGUGGGCUACUCCGCCGGCGUCGCCGUCAUGACGAAGAUCGCUACACAACAGCUUGAUGUGUUAAAGGAGAAACACAACUUCAGAUUUAACUAUACCAUCGCUGGGCGCUGGAUCGGCUCGCCUGAAAGGAACUCAACCUUAGCGGUGACCAACUCUCUCUACUGGCGCGAGCAGGACAUCUCUUGCACGUGCGCGCGCAUCUUCCCUCAAUGGCUGAACUGGGUUGACGUUUUCUACCCGCCGACUACUAAACUCGAGACCAAAUUCUACUACCUUAUCCUAGACAAGGGUGUAGGUAAAUACGAAAACCGGUUCCUCUCCCCCCUCUCCCCCGGAGUGUGGCGAUGUGCGAUCGCCGCGGUCGUGGCAUGUGGGGUACUCCUGGCAGCAGCGGCCAUGUUGGAGCGACAUUCGGAGCCGGGGUCUUACGCCUUCUUCAGCGUAUUUGCUGUUAUAUGCCAACAAGCGUUCGAAGAUGGUAUCAUCAUGUUUGAAGAAACGUUUUCAAGUCAAGGUCGCCGGCUAAUCCUCACCGUAGUGGGUAUCACCAGCAUGCUCCUCUACAACUACUACACCAGCAGCGUGGUAUCAUGGUUGCUGAGCGCCGCUGCACCCACCCUGCAAGACCUGGACGCACUGGUCGCGAGUGAUUUAGAGCUGGUGUUUGAGGAUAUCGGAUACUCCAGACAAUGGUUGGAUAACCCCGGAUUCUACUAUUUCUCCGGUUUCAAGAACCCCAAAGAGGAUAUACUGAGGGAGAGAAAGGUGACGAGAGCGAAGCGGAGUGUGAAACUGCUACAGGACGCUGAGGCGGGGAUACAGUUGAUACGGAGCGGGGAGUAUGCGUACCACACGGAGCCGUACACCGCGUAUCAGGUGAUCUCCCGCACGUUUGACGACCGCGCGCUGUGCGAGCUCGGCGCGCUGCAGAUGAUGAGACCCGCCAGCGUCUACAUCAUGGCGCAGAAGAACAGCCCGUAUAAGGAGUUCUUCGUUUGGAGCCUACUCCGUCUCCUAGAGCGCGGGCACACAUCGGCCGCUCGGGCCCGCGUCAGUGGCUCCACACCGAUGUGUUCAGGCCGGACUCCACGAGCGCUCGCCUUGGGUCAGGCCGCGCCCGCAUUCGCAGUGCUCGGCCUGGCUUCUAUCCUCGCUGUGGUUAUACUGGCUUGUGAGAUUAUACACCACAGGUACAAUAAUAUUAUUAUGAAGAAACAAGUCGCGAUUGAUGGCGGGCGGCGGGGCUGGUCGGCCCGGGCCGGAGUAGGGCAUACAAAAACAAUAAAGUGA